AUGGAGCCACAGGAAUCGGUGACCUUCAAGGAUAUAGCUAUUGACUUCAUCCAGGAAGAGUGGGACCUGCUGGCCACACCCCAGAGAAAGCUGUACAGAGAUGUGAUGCUGGAGAACAUCAGUCAUCUGGCUUCUGUGGAGUAUCCGAUCUGCAAUGCAGGCAUGACUUUCCAGCUGAAGCCAGGAGAAGAGCUGAGGAGUGAAGGGACUGGGUUUCUCCAAGGCCAGAUGGCAGGCGUGAGAGACCCCCUUAAAAGACCAGAGACGAUAUUAAGGCAGCGGGUCAGCACGAAGGGCAUGGCCCCUGCCAUGCCAAUGAUGGCAGGGGAAAGUACUGAGUUGAGUGAUGAAUUUACUCAUAGAUCAUCUGUGAGUCGACGUUCUUUAAUUCAUAUAAGAAAGAAACCUCAUGUCAGCCAGCAGCAUGGAAAGUCACCUAGAGAAGAGUCAUGCCUUAAUAGACACAAUGAAAGCCACACCAGGGGUAAUAUAUGUAAAUGUGGGAAAGGCUUUAGUAGUGUCUUCAGCCUCAGACGACACAAGAUGAUUCACAGUGAAGAGAAACCAUUUAAAUGUAACAUAUGUGGGAAAGGCUUUUUGCAAAAGUCUGAUCUUAGAAACCACAAACGAAUGCACACUGGAGAAAAACCUUAUGAGUGUGGUGAGUGUAGGAAAGCCUUCAGUCAGAGUUCUUACCAUAGACGGCAUGUAGCAAUUCACACAGAAGAGAAACCAUAUAAAUGUCCCCUAUGUGACAAAGCUUUCAGUCAAAAAUCUUACCUUAGAAAACAUGAGAGUAUCCAUCCCGGGGAGAAACUGUAUAAAUGUCAUCAGUGUGGGAAAUCCUUUAAUCAAAGUUCUGGCCUUAGCCAGCACAAAAAAAUUCACAGUGGGGAGAAACCACAUGUAUGUUCCAUAUGUGAUAAGGCUUUCAGUCAAAGUUCUGAGCUAA